AUGGGCGGGACUGAAAAGGAAAGGGAUGGACAAGCUGGUGAACCUUGCAACUGUGGAUGGGCAGAAGAAGAAGAAAAAGAAAAAGAAGAAGAAGAAUAUAAUGAUGAUGAUGAUGACGACGACGAUGAUGAUGAUGAUGAUGAUGAUCGUCGUGUUCGACGAUGUCCACUACGGGUGACAAUCAUGCGCGACUGGAAUGUUGCGAACCAAAGCCGCCAACGCCCAACCUCGGCCCGCAUGUCUGCAUAG